AUGAGAAAGAGAAAAGAGAUCGAAUAUGUUGUUUCUGAGCGAAUAGUCAAGCAAUAUUUCGUUAAGUACAAAGAUCAGCAUCCGGAAAAAAAUAAAUGGGUAUAUCAAAAUGAGAUUCCGCAAGAAAUAUUUGAAAAAUAUCUAGAAACGAAGAAAACAGAAAAUAUUGAUGAAAUGUUACGCUGUACUCGAAUUGUUCAUGUUGUUGAUCAAGAUAAAAAAGAAUUUUAUCUUGAAUUUUAA